AUGACGUCCGAUCUGGGAAGCUUUGCUAAGAAGCGAGCCAGAACGAACACACCAGGCUUCGAAGCCGAACUCCAAGCGGCCGAAGUAACGGGAACCCCUCGUUCUCAGCGAAUCAAGAACCUGUUCCCAGAAAAAGCUGACUCGACAUCUCUCAAGGAGAUGGUCAGUAAGCUUCUGGAGGUAGUCAAGGAAAGCAUUCCCUUGGCUGGCAAACACAAGACCACGAAAAAGAUCCAAAUUGACAUCGAUACCGCGGCUGAUAUUCUAGUCCUCACGGGCGCCGUGUACGAUCAAUUCAUGUACGAAGACGCUAAGCGCAACUUCACCACCCCGGGUUCACUCAUGAACCCAACACAAAAACCCCGCAACAUCGUUUUCAAGGGGAGGGAAACUGAAGACAAGCUCGACACAAUCGUCGAAUCCCUAUCCUUCCUCCACAAAGCACUAGGCCAAAACCCUGGCCUAACACAAAAGACAACGUCCUUAAAGACGCCAACGACACCGUCAUAUGCUUUAGCGGCGUCUAAACACGCAUCAGCUACUAGCAAGUCGACUACCUUACCGGCCAAACAAAGAGCGCCAGCCUCGAGACCACCACCAAAACCGCGAUCAUCAAAUGUAAUUACAUUAGUGCAUGAAGUUGGGACAGAGAUCACGCUUCCCAACUUGUCUAAUGCUAAAAUGAUUCAAGAAAUCAAUAUAGCAUUUAGAGCAUAUCAAAUCCUUGCCCAAGCUAUGGAUGCAAGGAGCCUUUAA